AUGGAGAAACCCUCUCUCAACCUCGUGGCCACGUCCGCAGACGGAACAACCCUCUUCACCUCCUCCUCUAACAGGGUCAACACCUUCGUCCUCCCGUCCACCCUCCUCUCCCGCCAAGACGACGGCGACGACAACUCCCCUCUCACCCUCACCCCGCAAGGCACGCUUUGUUUACCCGAGCCCACAUCAGCCAUCGCUCCCUGUCCCUAUUUCGCCCUAGAACAGCCAUCAACACAAUGCCUCCUGACAGCCAGCACCGACCAUCCGAUUCAUUUACACCAUGCUUUUUCUCAUCAACCACCACCAUCAUCACCCUCCUCCUCCUCUGUCGAUGAUGAUGAUUCCACCUCCUCUGGUGUUGUAUCAAGUUAUAAGCAACAUCAACAACCAAAACCCCUAGCAACCUUCCGCCUAAUCCACGCCGAAACAGAGCGCUACCUCCCCAUCACCUCCCUCAUCUGGUCCUAUCCCGGCACCCACUUCCUCGCCGGCUCGACCAAUUGUCUCUCGCUCUUUGACGUCUCCCGUCCCGAUCUCGGUCUAUCCGACACCCCCCUUUUGACCAUCAAGACUACAGGUCCGAACCAUAAAUCUGGGAAGGGGGCCCGGACGGUGGGCAUGAAAGGCACCGUCUCUGCGCUUGCCCUGCAACCCUUAUCUCCUGAUACCUAUGGGAGUCUUGCAGGAGGGGGAGGGAACGUGGUAGCCGCUGGCACGUGGACGAGAAACCUGGGUCUGUAUGACUUACAUCGUGCCGGAGCGUGCGUGGCUACGUGGAAUGUUAGUCAGGCUGCUUCUUUAGCAAAAAUAGGAGGGAGAGGUGUGUUGCAGACGGUUUGGAGCCCCUGUGGGCGGUACCUGGUGGUUAACGAGCGGGAGUCGAGGGGGCUUUUGGUGUACGAUCUGAGGGGCACGCAUCGGUUGUUGGCGUGUCUAAACGGAAGAGAUGGGGAGACGAAUCAGAGGUUGAGCUGUGAUGUUUUUCCGGGGACGAAUGCAGAGGUGGGUGGAUUUGAGGUGUGGGCGGGCGCGAGGGACGGGAAGGUGGUGGUGUGGGAAGGGGUGGGGAUGAAGGAGGGAAGCGUGGAGAUGAGUUAUGAUUUCGAGGUGGGUGCGAGGGAGUCGGCGGUGGGCGGGACGGCGAUGCAUAUGAGCGGGUCGGUGUUGGCUACUUGUUCGGGGUCGUGGAAGUUUCCUGAUGAUGAGGAUGAUGACGAGAGUUCUGGUUCGGAGUCGGAGUCGCAGUCGGAGUCCGAUGACACCGACUCUGGGAGCUCCAGCAGUGAGGGUAGCUCAGAGGAAGAGCAGAGUAGGGCAUCACAGCAACGACAUGGCAGAGCUAGACCACCUCAGGCGGUUGUUGAGGAGACCAGCCUCAAGGUAUGGAGCAUCACUGCAGGAAAUGUAGCUGAGAGUGGCCAUCAGGAGGAGGUCAACGAACCAUAUGAUACAUGA